AUGACUUCCUAUUUCUCGUCGUUCACGUCCUCCUCCGCCAUUUCGAAUAUUGGCACACGCCUAAAUUCCCUUCGCCGAGCCAUCACCUCCGACGAGGCAGACGAUCCCGAUAACGAAGACUGCUCGCACAUCUCGAACGUCCUCCGCGCAUACUACAUAGAGCGGGGCCGACGCUUCCCAGAAUGGCUUCCUCCAGAUCCAAAAGAGCGCUCCGCUGCUCCCGCGAGGGUAAUUGCAACCUCGAGUGUCACAUCAUCCGGAUCAGUGUCUUCAGGGCGGGGUGGCGGACUCGGGGAUCUGUGGGGUGAUUCAGGCGGCGCUGCCGCCCCUCCACCCCAGACGGCCAGCUUGCGACGAGGGCGCGGGCAUCCCGGAUCUAGCCAGACGUCACUUCCCAGUCAAACUGCUUCUUCUUCACCCUCGCUACACCCCGGCGGCGCGAGACCGAUGCCUGGCUCACGCAACAAUUCUUACCAGUCCGUUACUAGUGCGGGCUCCUCUCCGUCUUUAGAGCGCGCGUCGUCUGCGCAAGAAAGACUUCGUGCUAGGCUGCAGGGCGGCCGGUCUCCGAGCCCAGGGCAGCUAUCGGAUCCCAGUGUUCGAAAACCAGUCGGGAUCAACCAAGGUUCGGGUCGACUUCGAUGA